CGGUAAACGAUCGUCAGUUUGAGUCGGUGCGUACAUUGAAGCGGUCCAUUCCUGUUUGACGCUGCGGCGAUCGUCGACCCGCAUUACUCUGUUGUUGACUACCCAAAUAGGGAUAGCCCGUUCUCUCGAUCCCGGUGUGUUUUUUUGCCCCCGGUCCCCCUAUUGUGCGUGCGUGUGUUGUAUCUCGCGUGUCCCAAAAAAGCAGCCUCAGCCGCAGCAGCAGCAGCAUGACGACCAGGGAGCAGCGGCGGGAAGAGUAUUCGUCCUCGGUGCGCGUCAUGUCGCCGUCACGGUCGAUUACACCCACAACGCACGGCCAUCAGUUCGAUAACCGAUUGGACAAUCUGCUGGAGGACCUGCAGCAAAGCGUGUCCCGCCCGGGCAGCUCGCUAGGUCAACCGAUCAACAACUACUCGUCGACCCGCGAGGUGCAGUAUCUGCAGCCGGCCAAUGUCACAACGGUGGCUCGCGAGCGCUCGGUCAGCCCGUCCACCAUCACGAACGAACGCAAGAUCUACAAGACGGCCAAGUACGAGUACAAAUCGAGCGGUGGCAGUGCGGCGACACUCCCGGCGGGCGGCCGCCCGGACCAGUCCGUCAGUGAGGUGUACCAGCGAAACAUUAAUCAGCUCGACACGCUUCUGAAUGAUCUUGAACGUGAGCGCGACUCAUCGCUCGAUCGAGGCAACAGAUCUUUGAGCCGUGAUGGCAUCGAUUCCGGAUUGCAUGAACCUGGUGCGAGAAUCAUCAAAACCACCACCACGUACAGCACCACCGGUGGCAAACAGCAGCACCAGCCAGUGAACCGGGAGCUCGUGUUCGACUCCCCGAACAGCUGCGAGGUGCGCCAGUCACGUUCGCGCCACCGUAGCCCAUCGUACGAGAAUCACGCAACGACGACCUCGACGGUUAAGAACGUUUCGUACGGAUCGGACACCGGCUCGACCGGCAUCUACGGGGGUAUCCGGGCGGCCACACCGCAGCGCUCCAUGACGCCGGCCCGCUCGGACGAGUACUACACCGAGACGCGCACCGUUUCGCCCAGCUCGGAUCUGGUGGCGCGCAACGUGCGCUACAACGAAACCGUCCACGUGGACGAUGCCGCCAACGUGCUGCACAGUAUUCCCCUGUCCGACGACAUUUUACCCCGCCCGAACACGAAGGUCACCACGACCGUGCGCACCUACACGUACGAGCUGCCGCCGGACAGUGCCGCCGGCUCGCUCAACCAGACCAUCUCGUACACGAACCAGGCCGUCAACCAGACGACCAACACGCUGCCGGCAGGGUAUCCGGACCAUCCGGCCCAGCACGUCAAUCCGGGCAGCAAGACGGUGCUGGUGAAGAACGAAACGUUCAACACCACGAACAACGUGCAGGAGUACCCGGUGCCGACCAUCCUGAACCACCCGCUGCCCCCGAACACGGCCAAAACCGUCUACUACAAGAAGGACACGAAGCACUCGACCACCAACUACUACCCGGACCAGCCGGUCGAGUCACCGUAUCCGGGCAAUUUCCGUGCGAUCGAGCCGCCGCCCCGAACAGCGGCCGGCAGCCCAGAUCAGCCCAGCGGGCCGAUGAAGUACACCGUGCAGGAGCCGGGCUAUCCGCCGGGCAACAACACGACCUACAUUUAUCGCGAGGAGCGCACCAACACGAACAAUCGGUACGGAUCGCCCGUCCCGGUGGCGGACAAUCUCUACCCAACCGGACCGGGCGGACCGGGCGGACCGGGCGGAGUGCCACCGCCGACCACGGUGACGUACAAGUACAGCUCAACGACGACGAACGCGACGCGGAACCUGUACCCACCGCCGGCGGAACGGGAACCGCUGCUGCAACCGUUCCCGACGGACGGCAUCGAUCGGAACGAUCUCGAUGGCAAUCCGCCCCGGCGGCUGGACGAUCUGAUGGCCACAUUUGGAGAGGAUGGCCAAAUCAUUUACCAGUCGAAGGUCACAUCACAGACGGACAGUGGCCCCGGGCCAAAAAGACCGUCGCCCGAACGGAACGGUACCGGUCCGAAACCGAUCGACGACACGGUCGACCAGAAGAGCGCACCGAACCAGUCGUCGUCGUCGUCGAAGAAUAUUGCCGGUCCGCCGGUUUACUACCCGCCAGGGCAUGAGAUGUUUGCCAAGAAGGAAAUGGAAGCGAGCGGUUGGCGAUCACAGGGCGAGUACGCCAAGGCAAGCGGGAUGUACAAAUACGAGGCGGAAAGUAAAUCCAAGAGCUCGAGCAAAUCCGGCGCCGCCGUCGUGCCCGUCUGUCUUCCACUGUGCUGUGCGAUGCCCUGCUCGAUUAUGUAGGGGGUGGAACGGACAGAAGCGAUCCAGUUUGCUACUCUAUGUGCUCUAACCUUGCGCAACUGGAAUAACAAUCUUCGAUGUCUGUGUGUGUGUGUUUGUUUGAGUGUCUUCGGUGGGAAAAAAGGAUAGAACUAAACGGCGCGCACACACGGGCAGCAAUAAUGUGCCAAUUAACGAUAUUAUAUUUGCCUGUUAUUAUGUUACUUCGCUAUAUGAUGACUCUUUUUACCUACACCGUUUAUACCCAGCUCCUGAUCGUGUUUUUUAUACUCCGGAGAAACUAAUAAAACAAA